AUGCUCCUCCGACGCUCGUUUCUCGCCGCUGGGCGACGGGUAAUUGCAAAGCCCAUUACGCCUCUUGCACCACGCACUUUCACAACGUCAAUCGCGCGCCGAGCAGCGGGAGAUGGAGAUCCAAAACCAGGCGAACCUGAUAAGAAAAUGGUUCCUUUCGAAGACAUCAAGACAGAAGAAGACCUCCUCCCCCCCGGAGCCGAGCCCGGUACCGUCGCCACCGACCUCGACCAAUCCACCGGUCUCGAGCGUUUCGAAAUCCUCGGUAAAAUGCAAGGCAUUGACGUCUUCGACAUGAAACCGUUGGAUGCUAGUCGGAAAGGCACCCUCGACGACCCCAUCGUUCUCAAAUCGGCCGGCGACGAACAAUUGGCCGGGUGCACAGGUUAUCCAGCCGACAGUCACGUCGUACUCUGGCUCAACAUGUCCCGCGACCGCCCCGUCGAACGCUGCCCCGAAUGCGGCGGCGUCUACCGCAUGGAGUACGUCGGGCCGCCCGACGACCCCCACGCGCACCACGGUCACGGCGAAGAGCACGGCGACGGCGCGCACAAUUACGUCGAGCCCAAGACGUUUGCGGAUUUUGUGAGACCCGAGUAUAGGGGCACGCCGCAGCCGCAUUAUCGGCAGCGGUGA